UCUCACACACACACACAGUCCUCUCUGCUCCUGCCAAGCGCCUCUUCACAACACGGGAGGGAACAAGCUCCGGACUGCUUAUUUUGGACGAAGAGAAGAAGGAAAAUAACCCCACUGGAAGGAUAGUAAAUCUUUUUUACGGACUUUUCGUCAGGAGUUGUUGCGGUGUUUUCUCACACAGUGCCGUCCUGGCUGCACGUUGUCAUGCGUCCUGUCCGCGUCAAUGGUGUUCAACACUGAGCGUCGCGUUUGUGGACCCUUCAGCCGGGAUGUAGCGGAGGACAAACCCACAUAAACCCGCGUCCUAUCGCCCUUUCUCUCAGCAGGAAUACAGUGACAGUUAUCGAAGCUCAAGUCCAUUUCCAACGGCUGCUGUCGGUUUAUGGAAAGUGAAACUCUUCUCUGAAAGUCUGCUGACUUUAACAUUGAUGGUGGGUUGUCUUAUGAUGACCCCCGCCUGGAGGUCAUAGCUGACCCCUCUUAUUUCCCGCUACAUCACUGCCCCUCACCCCAAUGAUGACUAUGAGCUCUAUAUCGGACACUUUAGUCCCGCCCGAUCCGUCCAAGUCGGCGUUUUUGGAGUUCGGCGGCCACGGUUACCCCGGACACCAGCAGCCCUCCCCCGGCCUGUCCCACAACCAUUACCCGGUGCACGGUCUGCACGCCGUCGGGCCCUCGCAGCACGACGGGCCCUUCUCCUCCGGGGCGUCCUCGUACGGUCGCCCGCUGGGAUACCCGCCCUAUCACAGCCCCGUGAGCGCGCACCACCCCGGGGCCUACCUGCCCUAUCAGCACGGGGGUCACGGCGGCGCGCUUGGACACACCAGACUGGAGGAUGCGGAACACGAGAAGCCCACGGCAGUGAUAGAGAACGGGGAGGUGAGACUGAACGGGAAGGGAAAGAAGAUCCGGAAGCCUCGGACCAUUUACUCCAGCCUGCAGCUUCAGGCGCUUAACCAGCGCUUCCAGCAGACCCAGUAUCUUGCCCUGCCCGAGAGGGCCGACCUGGCGGCCAAACUGGGCCUGACGCAGACCCAGGUGAAAAUAUGGUUCCAAAACAAACGAUCCAAAUACAAGAAGAUCAUGAAGAACGGGCCCUGUGGACCUGAGGGAGACCACCUCGCGCCCCCACCGCCAUCCUCCUCCUCUCCGUGCUCCCUGUGGGACAUCAGCAUGGCCGCCAAAGGCGCACCAGUGCACUCUGGCGGAUACAUGAACAAUUUUGCUCACUGGUACCCCGGACAUCAGCAGGACUCCAUGCCGAGGACUCAGAUGAUGUGACAGACGGGAGGACACAACACUUCCAGGAAAAACUAUGGAUUUAUUACCAGCAAGCUGACUGGAGCUGUUAGGGAAAUGGACAUUGGAACGAGUCUGAGCUGCUCUGGAGGCAAAAAUAAUAUAACUGGCAGAGAUCAACAGUGAGCAAAUAUGUGGCUUAAGGCUGAAAAGACAAGGGGAAAGCUAAAGAAUAUCAAAUUCUUACAGAGUAUAGACAACUAAGAUAAUUAAGCAUUUUAAACAAAUUAUUACUUUGAAUUUACUUUGAUUUUAGUACAAAAUAUGUCAUCAGGACUGUCACCAUAGAACUGGGAUAGACCUGUCUACACGAUAGCACCAUUGCAACCGUAGCAUUAUAAAUAAACCAGUGAGACUGCUAAUGAGAUUCCAACUAGCUGUUCCCACAAAAACAAAAUUAGCUUGUUACUAGCUGUGAGUUUACAUCUUGAUAAGAAAUAAAAAAAAUAGUUUUCUCGAUGGCAGUAUGACAAGAGUUAGCAUAGUUAGCCUAACAGGCUAUGCAAGGCUAAGCCAUGCUAGUCUUUGCUAUGCUAGGUUUUAUUUUUUUAUUUGUAGACUAUUUUUUCACUGUUUUACUGGUCAUUUUGCCAGUUAGCUAAUAAUGUUUUUUAUAUAUUUGACUUCACCUAUAAAGAUUUAAAGUGAGGUUGUGCUAAACUUUUGCUAAACACCAGCCUUAGCCAUAAGUCACAGGAUAAUGAUAAAUCAGAGUUAGAGUAAGGCAGUCAGCAAACAGACUCCAUAAUGUCCUUUGCACAGCAAUAUCUAUUCUGUCUAUCUAUUUGUGUCUCCAGAGGAGCUCUGCCUGCCAAGACAUUUUUUUAUAAAGCUACAACUCAAAACUAAUGCCAGCCCUGCACCUCUGUUUCUGGACAUUUCAGGGUUUUUUUCUUGCCUUUUAGUGGGUUAUGGUGGGGUGGGUACACGUGUAAAAACAAGGGUUGUUCAGGGUUUCUUCAUGGUUGUUCUUUAUGGAACUGUACUGAUAAAAAGGACAAAACCAGAGUUUGCUUAUCUUAAAAAACAGAUCAAAUUAAAGAACUAAAGAAAGUUUCUUUGAUUCUGACCAUAGUGUGUAUUUUAUCAAUUUUGACAUGGUGUAACUCUAUAAAGGCUUUGUGUAGCAUAUAGACCUUUAAAGAGCCUUUAUUAAACAGAGGCGCUGAUAAGGUAUAUGAACAAGCAGCCAUUUUUAUUAUACUUAUAAUCCCCUUUUUUAAGUAUGAGUAUAAAGAAAAUAGUCACAGAAUGGACACAGCUACUUUAUUGUCAAAUUUUAUUUAUAUUUAUCAUAAUAAUAAAAGCUCUCAAAUUUAAGCUUCAGUUUAAAGAUGAAGCCAAAAUGAAAAUGCCAGAAAUGUAUUGGAAAGUCACAUGUAUAAAACAAAUUACACCAGGUCAUUCAAGACUAAUGUGCUGAUUUUGUCACGCUCAUAAUUGAUUCCACUGACCAAAUUUAAAUAAUUAGGCCUACCACUCCAGCUAGUCAUUGUUCAGUUUUGUCGGAUUUUAGUCUUUGGCGGUAAUGAGCUGCCAGAUGUAGAGACUUUGCCAUGCUACAUAACAGGGUUUCAUUAAUUGCGGUUCUUCACUUCUGAUUGUGAACAACAUUUCACUUUUAUUUUCUUUUUAUUCUCUGGUGGAUUUUAGUGAUGGUUGCUGUCAGUUUCACUUUGUUUUUCUGCUCCCCUCUUGAGAACUUCUGAAGUGGGAAACUCCUCAUGACCUGCAGUUUAUAGUCAUAUAUAUAAGCCGUGUUCCGUUGACUGGAAUUUAUUCAACAACCUCUUCAAAUACUGAAUUUAUAUU